GUUGUUAUAGGUCAAACAUUUUUGUUUCCACUUUCUCCUCAGUUGUCUUCUCUCUCUUUAUAGGUUACAGGUGCGGGACAGUUUCCAACAAGUAGACGUCUGAAUUAACUCAGGUAGAUGAUGAAGUGUGUGUGUGUGUGUCUGCUCCUGGCUUCUGUCCCGCUGUUGUCGUCUUCAGGCCUGGUCCCCGGGUCGAGUCUCUGGGACGUGGUGUGGGGCUUCAGUGAGCUUCAGGCGGAUGAAAUCCUCCAAUCCUCCUCCUUCUUCCAGGAGCUGCGGGAUGGGAAUCUGACUCAGCGCUGCUAUACACACUUCCUCCAGCAGGAGGCGCUCUACCUGACCGGAGCCAGCAGCUCACUGGAGGCUCUGAUUGGUCGGUUACAGGAAGCAGAUGAAACCAGAUCACUGCUGCAGGAAACACUCAAACACUACAGCAGCAGAAACCAGAGUCUCCAUGGUCCUUCCCCCCCUCAGUGGCCCCGCCUCUCUCCCCCCCCCCUGGUUCUGGACGAUCCGGUGUAUUACCUUCUGGCUCUUUCGGCCCGGGUCCAGUUGAGGGUCCUGAUGGCCGGGGAGAUGAUGGGUGUUGGGGUUAAAGAGAGCCGCGUCCGGCAGCAGUGGAGAGAGGACACUCAGGAGGAGGUCGCCUGGAUACUGAGGCUCAGGAAGCUGAUGGAGGGGCGUCAGGAGCACAUGGACGCGUUUAAAGCCAUCAACAUCUUCAGAGAGCACAUGAUGAACCAGAAGAGCUUCUACAAGGCUCUAGCCUGUGAUGAAGAGGAGAAGAAACGAUGAAACAAAACUGAAGUCAUUUAUUUUAAUCACAUCGUUUUUGUAUCUUUUUUAGCAUCAAACGCGAUUCUUCAUAUUUUACACUUCCAA